GCGUGUGGCCUGGCAACCAGGACCAGGACCAGGAUUAGGACUAGGACAGGCCGGGGACCAGGACCAGGACGGGGUCAGGAGGGGAGAUGGCGCUGAGCACCAGCGAGGACAGCACAGGCUCCGGCUCGAUCUUCCCCGACCUGAACGCCGAGGAUUCGGACGAUUUGGGUCCGACGCAGAUCGAGAGUCUGUGCAUGAACUGCUUCCAGAAUGGGAUGACCAGGUUGCUGUUGACAAAGAUUCCGUUCUUCAAAGAAAUUAUUGUUAGUUCAUUUGCCUGUGAAAACUGUGGUUGGGUAAACAAUGAGAUCCAGUCAGCUGGGAAGAUCCAGGAGCAGGGAGUGCAGUACACUCUGCAUGCUUCUUCCACACAGGAUCUAAAUCGCGAGGUUGUGAAAGCUGACAGCGCGACGACCAGAAUCCCUGAACUUGACUUUGAGAUUCCACCAUUUACGCAGAAAGGAGCUCUUUCUACUAUCGAGGGUAUAAUCGACAGAGCAAUUGGGGGUUUGGAGCAAGAGCAGCCUAUAAGGAAGGCAACCAAUCCGGAAGUGGCUUCCAAGGUUGAGGAAUUCAUUGAGAAGCUAAAGAAGUUGAAGGAAGUCGAGACUCCUUUCACACUGAUUAUUGAUGAUCCUUCUGGGAACAGCUUUAUUGAAAAUCCGUAUACCCCUCAGAAAGAUGAGGCCUUAACAAUUGCUUAUUACAAACGAGAUGCUAAACAGGACAGUAUGUUGGGAAUCCAGGAAUGUGCACAAGAGGAGAAGACUGAAAAUACCAUAACAGAUUUAAGACAUGAAGUGCUGAAAUUUCCUACCAACUGUCCAGAAUGCAAUGCUCCUGCUGAAACCAAUAUGAAGCUAGUACAAAUCCCACACUUCAAAGAGGUGAUCAUCAUGGCAACAAACUGUGAGGCAUGUGGACACCGGACCAAUGAGGUUAAGUCAGGAGGAGCUACUGAAGCUUUGGGUACCAAAAUCACACUACGGAUUACAGACCCAUCAGACCUGACCAGGGACCUGCUCAAGUCUGAAACCUGCUUCGUAUCUAUUCCAGAGCUGGAAUUUGAGUUGGGCAUGGGACUUCUUGGAGGAAAGUUUACUACCUUGGAAGGACUGUUGACAGAUAUAAAAGAAUUGAUUGUGGCAAAGAACCCAUUUUAUGGAGGAGACAGCAAUGUUCCUGAAAAAUAUGUGCAACUUAAAGAAUUUGCAGAUAAGUUGAAUGAGAUUAUGCUGAUUAAAAAAGAAGCUCACCUUAUUCUUGAUGAUCCAGCUGGAAACAGUUAUCUCCAGAAUUUGUAUGCCCCAGAUCCUGAUCCAGAAAUGAAGAUUGAGAAAUAUGAGCGCACGUUUGAACAUAAUGAGACACUUGGUUUGAAUGACAUGAAAACUGAAAAUUAUCAGCAGUAGCAGUUUGCAUAAAUAGUGCAGGAACCAUUUGGAUUGAGACCAGGUUGAAGUGGAAGAGACAAUGUGACAUUUUCAAGAUGUGUUCUUGUCAAAGGAACCCUAUUUAAGUAAAGGACGAGACAUUGGAUUAUUUAUAGAGGAACGUGACAUGAAUCUGAACAUGUUCAAACAAGAUACAAACCAAAAUUCCUGAACAUUUGCGUGGUGUGUGUUGGAAGAAGGUUUUUUUCUGGGGCAUGUACCCAAUCAUCUUUUCUGCUCCAUUCCUCUCCUGUUUGGGGAGAAGGUCUCUGUAUAUUUCCUGAUCGGGGUGAAAGGAGAGGAACUUUUGGGCAAUGACCUACUCGCUGCAUCCAAAAUGCAACCAUCCUACAUAAUUCUGCUGGGAGACUUUAUGCAAUUUGAUUUCCAAGAACUAUUUCACAGACUUAAUCUUGAAUAACCUUAUUCAAACUUUUUAUUUCACAAGUCCCAAAAUGGGACAUAUCUUAAAGACGUGGCUGAAAGGUGGUAUCCACAUUAUUUGCUAAUUUGCCUAUUUAAAUGUGUGAAAAAUCCCAAGUCUGGACAGGGAACAUUCAUUAAUACAAAGUGGAAAAAUUGCAGAUGUUGGGAUAGUCUGAAACCAAAACAAUAAGAUGCUGCAUACUUGAAUCGUGUAGCAUCUUUACAUUUUUAUGUCAGUUUGAAACAAUUUGUUCCUAUUUCGACUAAUAAAUGUUCCCUAUGUUCCUAGUUUUGUUGUAACUUUUCAUACCCUUUGAAAUUGUAAAUUUCAGCCACAAGGGAUUUCAUAAAUAUCUGUAGCUUUUUCUCAGCUGGCAAAAACAAAUCUAAAUAAAAUGCGUUAGUGAUCAAAAUUACCAAUGGAAGGUGUUAAAAGAGACUCGACUGAAUUUCCAGUCUGUAUGGAAGGGUGACUUCUGUCUGGUCCACUAGGUAAAAGAUGUAUGAACAUUAAUGGCUUUGACUUGGUCAUAUUAUUCUGUUUUGUAAUUGAGGAGAAAAGGGGAUGGUUGGUAUUGAAAAGGCUUUAGUCCUUUGGAAUCUUGUCAUCAAGACUGAAUUUCUGUAAUUUGUUUCAUGUUGGCAUUUGAGGCUCUUUCCCUACAAUGAUCAUUAUUGCGCAUAAUAUGAACAUUCCAGAUUGUUCUAUUUCAGAGGAAGAAAAAAGAAAUAAAUCCAAUAUUAGGAACUGGAAA